AUAGAUUGAGCAAUAGCAGCUGAACUUUUACAUAAAAAAGACCAACAGACUUUAUAACUUUCAGAAUUUCAUCCAGACUUCUACACUGACAACAGAAAGGAAAAUUAACUUCGAAUAGUAACUCAAAAACAUCUCUAAACAUUUAGGAUUGGUUUAUGAAAACAGUACUUUGACUUCAAGAAAUAAACAUGGAUGUUCAGCGUGGACAUUGCUGGCGUUGUGAAGUUCAACUGGAACAGACCAUUCACUGUCCUGAUUGCAAGAUGGCGGAGUAUUGUAGCUCAACAUGUGAACACAGAGACAGAGUUAGACAUAGGAGUAGAGAGUGCCCGUUAUUUGGAACAAGAUCAUGCAACAAAUGCAAUAAGAAGGGUACAAUGAAACAGUGUGGAGGUUGCAACUACGCAUGGUACUGUGACAAGGAAUGUCAAAGAAGUGAUCGGGCCAAUCAUAAGAAGUUAUGCAAGAAGACAAAGGCAACUACAACAACAGCAGCAGCUAAACUAACACAAAAACACAUUUUGAUGCGUACCGAUAGACUUGGUGGUGCCCCUUAUUAUUUUGGAAACUGCAUUGCUGAAGACUUCUUGCAACUUGCUAACAAUGAAUGGUCUGAUGGGUCAAUAAAGAAAACUGACUUGAACAGAGAUUAUCAUAUAUUGUCAGCUGGUUGCGGAGACUUACGCAACACUGUCUUAACAGCAGCUUCCCUUCCUGCCAGGUACCAAGGAAGUCUUUACAUCACUCUCAAUGACUUUGACCCUUUUGUCAUGGCAAGGAAUGUCUUGUUUCUCUUUAUGUUGGUUCGGUUUGCAGACACUGAGGGAAUUGAGAGCAGUCUGACUACCAUCUGGUACUCAGUUCACAUUACAAAGAAAGAGUAUGACCUGAUCAAGACCAGCUUGGAUGAGCUCAUUCAGAUGACCCCUCAAAGCCUCCAAGAGGUCACUCAAGGGUUGGUCAAAGUUCAAGGUGGAGAUCUUGCAGUCAUGAGUCAAGUUUGGGACAAAUGGAGAUCACUAGAAUGCCAACGAGGGAAACCAUCCUCAAUAAAUCUCAGAAAACAAAGAAAAACUGCAUUUGAUCAAUGUAAUAAAGAAAUUGGUAAGGGAAGGAAAUUCAUUCACACAAAUUAUUUAGAGUCAUCCAGUGUUGAAAAGCAAAUUGAAGAAUGGUUUGACCAUGGGAUGUUCCUCCCCAAAGAAGAAAAACAAGAACUAAUGUCAUUUGAUAACCCAACACUAACAGGGCGUGAAGCUGACAUACCUCAGGGUUGUAUAACUGAAAUGAAAUUCUCAGUCACUCAAAAUAUAAGCCCAAAGGAUUAUGCCUUUGUGUACUGUAUCAAAACAUAUUUACAUCCCUUCAAAGUGUGGGAUUGCUUGAGAGUGAGGGAGUCCGAGACCAGACCCUGCUCAUCCCCUAUGGUGAUGUACCACAACUACAUCACAAAACUCCUCCAGAAAUUCAAACAUCUCAUCCAGCAACAACGGCUUUCUUUCCAAAUUUCUCUGGCUAACUGUAUGGACUUUCCUUCGAUUCAUAAGUCUCUUAAAAUGUCAAACUAUGACAGGAUAUUCACAUCCAAUCUCAGUGACUACAUCGGCUUUGCCAAGCUCCUGCAAAACUUCAAACCCCUUCUUAACCAAAGUAACCGCUCCUCAGUAAUUGUUACUGAGACGAUAAACUGGAUUGAAUUUUUCCCUAGCGACACAUCUGACAAAGUUGAACUAAUUGCUGAAUCAUACUUAAAGGACACAGGCAGGAAUCCUGCCACCCUUCUUGCAAACCUAACUGACGUAGCACCGCCUACCUGGUUAGAGUACUUCGACAAUGCCCCUUACUUCAUUGCAUAUCUGCGUGCACAAAUCAUGGCAGGGGGUCUUGGGAUACCACCAUUGACUUAUUUGCCAUCAUUUGGUGAAGUGAUGAAGUACAAUGGUCUAGAAAUGCGUGACUUUCGUAAGAAGCUGAAUCGUCUUGUCCCAUUUCAGUAUCGAACCAAUGCUCGUGACUUGACCAGAAUAAAUGCAACUGACAGAGCAGUAGAGUGGUAUCUGCCACAUCAUCUCAUCAUCAUCAUCUAG